AAUUCAGUGCGCUCGCAAUUUGGCAUGCGAUGGUGAGAACAUGCGAGAGUUUUGUUUUUUACGUUCGCCAAUGCAUGAAUUGCGCGCUGUGAUCUUCCGCAGUGAACUGCGCGAAAAAUAAAAGUUAGUUUGAGAUUUGAGAGACGAAUGUGCCCUGAGAAAGCUCAGCUGCUCUUGUAAAAAAUAGAGCUCGGCCUCUACGUAGUUGACCCUAAUAAUCAUGAAUCUUCAGACACUCUUUCAAGACUUCAACCCCAGCAAAUUUUUGGUACACUCAUGUUUGAUGGUAUUUACAUUGUUGUUCGCUUUGCGCCUUGAUGGUUACGUAGAGUGGAGUUAUUGGUCCGUAUUUAGUCCAAUAUGGUUUUGGAAAAGCAUGGUGAUUUUGGGUGCCACAGUAGGAAGUUAUGUGUGGUGGAGACACCCCCAUGCAAGAUUAGAAGGAGAUGCCUAUGUACAUUACAAGGCAAUGCUAAUUACACUCGCAUUGCACUUGAUUUUGUUGAUGUUUGAAUUAUUAGUGUGUGACAAAUUGGAGUCUGAUAGACACUUGUGGAUUCUCGUGUUCAUACCCUUGAUUUUUAUCUCCAUAGUGUCUAUCGCUGUAUGCAUUUGGGCUGUGAAGCACGACCGAUCUUUUGAACUCGAGCUGUUUUGUGCAGUUAAUGUACUGCAAUUUAUUUUUUUGGCAUUGAGACUGGAUAAUUUUAUUACUUGGAGCUGGGAAGUUGUAUUUGUGCCUCUCUGGGCUCUUUUGUGUUUAUCACUAGUAGCUGUCUUAUAUGCAAUCGUAUUUGCUGCCGUUUUAUUAAGGACACCACAAAUAAAUGCCCGACAGAGGCGUACUUCUUUAAAUUCUGCGCUCGCAUACACCUUUCUAGUGGUACCCAUAUUAGUCUUUCAAGUAUUAUUAGCAAAUAAACUUGAUGGCGAUAUUUCGUUGCAGUACACUACUGUAGCAGCACCACUGAUAUUUUCUCAUAUGACUCUUAUAUGUAUGUCAUUUGGGGCAAAGGGUGGAAAUAAAUGGUGGUUUGGGAUAAGGAAAGAUUUUUGCCAUUUUCUUCUGGGCUUGUGUCCGCUCCUUCAGGAGUACGGCAAUAUCUCUUAUCAAUCAAGAAACGAACAAGAUCAGCCGCCUUCCGAGCCAAUGUUUUCUGAAAAAGGAGAAAAGCACAUCAAGAAAAUCGAACUGAUUAAACCCGUUGUGCCUAUAAUCUCCAUAGAUAUGCCCGAUUGAUCGUUCUGGCUUAGAUACUCAUUUUAAAAAACGAAUCUAGUUAUUCUGAAACGGUUUUCAUUACAAGGCUGUAAUGAGAAUUCUGGUGCUCGAAGUUGCAACGUACACACUUCAAGGUGUUUAUUGGUGGGCGUAAUCCAGGUAUGAGAAAUAAAAUAUUCGAUGCUGAAGAUGUAAGUAUGGGCAGAAUUCGGUUCGAAAUCUAUGAUUUAAAAAACUGUUUAAACUACUUUUGUAAUGAUUAAUUUAGAAAAAAGAGACAAUACUUUUUUACAAGUUGAAAAAUUCGAUUUGUCCGUUCUCCAUUUAAAUCAUAGGUCUUAUUGAUCGACUUGCACGACGCUGGAUCGUUUGUAAAAAUAAAAAUUAACAUGUAAAUAGAACUUUGGGUUAAUUAAGUAUUCGCAUGCUAAAAAUUGUUGAAGUACUGCAGUGUCCUUUCAAUUUGGAGGCUUUUAUUUUGACUGUACAUACAUUAAUCGAUUUUACAGUUAGAAAUUCUUUAAGGGUACAAGUUAAGUUCACGCCCGUCCAAUUACUUAAUUUUGUUUAUCGGAAAACACUCCAGUGAUAUUAUAAAGAGAAGUUAUUAGAAAUUUUUUUUAUAACAUUCGCUGUCGCCAUGUGCGAAUGUUAUUGUCGGGUUCUUUUUGAUUUUUGUGGUGCUAAUUAUAAAUAUGUUUUUGUGGCUUUUAGAUUUAAAAAUAAUUUCUAUUUGCAUUUUCAGUAAAUGAUUCGUUUGGAAAAUUGUAUCUUAAGAAGAAGCUUAAUUCAGUAUGGAAUUCCAUUAAUUAAAUGAGAAAACAUAUCUAUUUUAUAUUACUAAUUACGUGUUUUAUUAAAAAAUUUACGGGACAAAGGUGACAAACUAUAAUGAUUGAUGAAUCUUUUAAUUAAAAAAAAUAGCGUAAGGAAGUUAUUCUAGACACAAUUGACAAUCAUUUUGUUGUUUUGGUUCCUCAUUUUUCAUAAUAAAUCUUUCGUUUUCCACUAGAAAUAUUGAAUUAAAAAUUUGCCUUUCAACCUUUUUCUUUUCCACGAUCAAAAUAUUUGUAUUAAAUCCUUGCUAUUAUUGUUAUGCGCUGAUAUUAUUUCGCUUCCGGUUAAAUUCAUAUUUGACCAAAUAAAUGAAUAAAUAUUAAAGUUUGCUACGCAAAAAAUAUAAUGUUACAAGAUUAACUUAAACACCAAUUGUAAAUAUGAUUUCAUGGCUUUUAGAUGUAGAUAAUAUUGAAAUUAUUAUUACAUAUUAAAACUUAUUGACAAAAUAAGAGAUUUCAAAAUCUAGAAAAAAGUUCAAAAGUCUAUGCUUAAGUACUCAACCGUUAAUUAAGCCUGUGCAAAAACGGCCAAUAAAGAGUGGAAAAGUUGUUUCGAUUCUGCGACUUGUUUGAAUGUGGAAUUCAAAGGGUAAUAUAAUUCUGUGUCUAUCCUAGCAAACGUGUGAUAAUUGGCUUUAUUGAGAAACAAAAAGAAAAGAUUAAUUUGUACUUAGCGAUUACUCCUUUUGGAAUACAAGACUGAACGCCUUGCAUCGAUGAAUCGUAUUAUUAAUGACCUAAAAUAAUUCAAAGAGCGACUGACGGCUCGCUCGAUGAAAACUGAUUGCGAGAGUUUUAUUGUUAACGUUGCAGGAUACCAUGGACAUUAGGAUCCGAUCAUUUAUUAAAUUGUAUCAUAGAAAUGUACAUAUUCUGUUGUAUCAUAGUACCUACCGUCGUAUAUUCUAUUGGCUUCUUUAAACACUAUACAUAUCUACUGAUUGCGAUGGUUGGAUAAUUAAAAAUAUUACUUUGUUUUGUAUAAAUUCAGCAGAAUGGAAACAAUGAUCAUUAGAGCCCAAUAAAAUUUAUAUUUUUUGGUACCCAAAA